AUGGCAACAAAGCCCGAGGCCUGGCAGGAGCAGGGUCCCGUCAACUCAAUAGACAAGCAGGUCAAUGAGUCCUGGGCCCAGGGGGAAGUGGGUGCAAUCGUAGGCCUCCACAGUUCCCCUCUGCAAGAGAAAAGAGCUCCCAGGGCAGAACCCGAAGAGGACAUAGACGACCUGGAGCCUGGAGCUCAAGGCCAAACAUCCUCAAGAAUUCAAACAGGGGAUGCAACAGAAAACAAUCAAGAAUCAACAACCACCAGGGAAACGCUAGAAACUGUGACAGAAGAAGUUCCCAAAAACUCAGAAGCAUCACAGGCUGAGGAGGAAUCUGUAAAUCCAGCUGACGUAUGUGGGGAUGCUUUCCCAGCCCCGCCUCCUCCCAUUACCUCAUCAACGGAUGAAUGCUUAGAGUCCAAAGGGUUUUCUGUUCUAGUGGAAGAGGUUUCUGAUUGGAUCAGUGAUGCUAAUAUCAUCUCCGACCCUGCAGAAGACCUCAUGUCUCCUGAUAAAGAAUGGGCCCACACAACUCAGCUCACCGAACUAGUUUAUCAAGAGUCAAUAUCUGAGGAGAUGACAGCAGAUGAUAUGGCAGUGGAGGAGAAUGACACACAGCUGCACUUCUCUAAAGCUUCUGACAACAGUGAACCUGAAAAUAAUUUAUCUGGCUCUGCUCACCACUCGUCCUCUGACAGUAACAACUCUGAUGAUGUACACUCGCCUCCUUUUGCUGAUGAAAGUGAGGAAGAAGAGGAAGUAAGCAUGGAUAUUGCAUCUUGCAGGCAGGAAUGGAGUAGACUAGAUAUCAGGAGCAAGCCUCUCCAACCCUCAUACUCCAGUGUCAAUGACCCAACGUCACCACUGCCUGCAGUUCCCUCAGCCAAACAGCAGGGUGAGCUGUUCCCUCAAAGCCAAUGUGCACUUGCCCCCAAGAGAGCAAACCAGGAAGCUGCACAACAGGUGCAAGGCCAGAGCUCUCCACCUUUGUCGACCGUUGCCAUGGAGCCGUCCUAUCAGGGUGAGGCAGUUUCUCAAUGCUCUGGGUGUAUUGAAGCUGUGAGAGAGAGGCACGGCAGGGCGGGGGAAAGCACAGAGGGAGAAAGCGACCAAACUGGUGAGGAGGAAGGGCAGAAAGAGAGUGGACCCGACAGGAGCAGGGCAAAAGGGCAACACGGCAGCGGACUGUUAAGAUCGGUCCAACGACAGGAGAGAUACAUGAUGGAACAAUACAGCCAUGGGGUGAAUUUUACAUACAGGACACACAACAGAAUGGAGAACGACUUUUGUGAAGAAAGCCAGAGCGACAGUGGAGUAUCAGCAGACUUCUCCCCGUGCAGCACUUUGGAGGGCUGCAGUACCAUCUCCAUGGGGACUCCAGCAUCCACAGAGACUCCCAUUGAGAGGGAGAUGCGACGUUCUAUAGAACGUGAACACAGCCUGAGAAGGUCCAGAGGACUUACAAAUCCCACCGAUUCUCUAGAGUAUGUGGAGAUUCCUAUAAGAAAAAACAUUCUCUCUCAGUCGCUCUCUCUUAAUUCUGAGAUGUGUCAAGGCAAAGACAAACAGUUUGCAGGCAAAAAAAUGCAGCAGGAGAUCCAUGAGGAGACCCAGAGAGAACGGGACCUGGUCGAGCUUGGGAAAGUUCCAGGUAUCUACGACAAAGGCACAGUGCGCCAACUCAAAGAAAGAAAACAAAUUUUUGAGGCCUUUCAGCAACCCAGUGACUCGACUUUAACUGUCUCCAGCAGGAGUAAAACACUGUCCUGGUCCUCAGCCAAUGACGUUUCAACCGUGGAGGAGAACCAGGAGGAUACCUUGUCACAAACAUCCACAAUAGAUGACUUGCAUGUGGAGAGGAGACAGAGCAUGUUAAGUCCCCCAGUGAGCCCAUACUCAGCCAAAGGAAGGCAUUCAACCUUCUCAACCCCACCAGGAAUGGGCUUCUCCAAGGACAUGGGUCACCAGUUCACCAUCAUUGACAAUAACCUGAGCGUCCCAGCUCAGAAAACCUACCAUGCCAAACUUGAGGCAGAGCCUGUCACCACAGUCGACUCUGGAGGUCCAAAUAUCUAUGAUGGGAUCAUCGAGGAGGAGGAGGAGGAGGUGGCCCCCAAGGAUAACCCCUUUUUCAAGCUGCGCUCCUCGACAAAUGUGGUCAAAGUGGAGCAGGAUAUCUGGGAGACUCAAGAGCGGGAGAAGGAGCUCCGUAAGCAGAGGUUGAGCCUGUACGGGCGAAAAGGGGGUGUAAAAGGAGGAGGAGUAGAGAAGCCUGAAGAAAAGAUUCCCACAAUGUCUGGUCAAGCUGUUCCUUACAUACCUGACUCCUCGUCCAGUUGGAGAAACGGACCCUCAGCAGCACAACAGUCAGCUGGCAAGGUGAGCACAUGGCUGCCGGCCCAGGCUGAAGAGGAGAGGACUACUCAGCAAGAGGUCCUCUGCAGUCCCCAGACCCCCAGACAGAAGAACCCUCUAGUGCAGCGCUGGGAGUCCGGCCUGGUCAACGGACACAACGAAGGAGACGACUGAGGAGACGCUGACAGAGCCAAAUGAACGAGGGAGGAAGAUUUACAAAGGAGGGCUGAAAGGCUGUGAUAAAAGAGGAGUGCUGUGUACGGAAAGAGGGAACAGACUUGAGGAGGGAGCCGUGAUGAAGAGGAGGACAGAGAGUAAGAAUGAGGAGGGGAGAAAGAGGUCAGGGAUUUGGGUUUUGAAAGGGGGUCGGGAGGAUUGGGAGCACGGGGAACGAUUGGUGGUGGACUGAAAAACCCAAAAGAGUCCUUCAGCAAGGAGGAGAGGACAAGGAGGAAGGAGGGCCACCUAUUAGUGGAUAAGCACUUGGCCUCCUUCUAGUGCUGGAUCUCUGAGACUAAUGAACUCAAAAUGGGAAGAAAAAUAAUAAUGUUACUGCACUGCAACAAAAAAAAGAAAAAUGUAAAUGUAGUAAGAAUGGGAUUUUAAUGAACUUCUUUACCGUUGGAUUUUUGGAAUAAUAAGGAUUUAUUAUUUGAUGAUGAACAUAGAUAAAGUAAUACAGCGUCUGGUACAAAAAACUAUUUGUCAUUCACAGUUUGGUGCUUUUAUUAAUGAUGUUGUACUCUGAGUUACCAGUUUAUCACAACUGUGUAUUAGCAAUGCAAUAAAUCCAACCUCUGUGCUUCUUAUUAUUGCUUAUUGAAAUUUGUUUGACUGUUGUUUGUUCAACUUUGCAGGGCUAGGGUCAUGAAGGAGGAGAGAGUUACAACUGUCAACUAAUGUCACUGUCAAGUCCCCUUAUGAAACCACACUUACAUUCACCAGAUCUAGAUUUUUAUUUGUAUCUGCACUAAAUUGCACAAACUCGCAUAUAUAUCGGUCUCCUAAACAUGAAUCAUGAAUUAUUCUCAGAGAGAAAUUAAUAAAAGCAAAUAUGGCAAUGAUAAAGAUUCCUGGAUCAUUUUCUGAGUUGUUUCUCCACAAAAUGUCAUAGAAAUCAAUUAUGUCAUUUUGGUGUAAUCCUAAUGAAAUAACAAAC